GAGGAUCAGAGAAACACCGAUCACAGGAGAGAGCUGCAGUCUCCUCCGACUGUCACAUUCACAGCGUUCGUUUCACUCGCGGAGGACGGAAAAUUACGAAACUUUGCCUUGUUUUGUUUGCAAUCGACAGGAAAGCCACGAGCCCUCCAGCCAAACGAAAACGCAUCCAGAUGUUUCAUGUCUGAGGGUCGCUGUCAUACGAGCCCAUACCAGAGGACUCAUCCAGCUCUUCAUCCGAGAUCUCCCUUCAUGUAUUGAUUUUUUAUUUUAUUUUAAUGUAUUUAUAAUCAGUUUCUUCUUCAAGUUUUCUCUGAAGAUUUGAGGCAGGACUAGAUUGGUCUGGCUGGUGAGAAUGAAGCUGAAGGCUUUAGCUGGAGGUCUUUUCCUGAGUUUGCUUGUCCUCUGGAAUGUUUGUGACUGUGUUCAGACUCAUCAGGACGCGACCGAGACCGUACUCAACCUCUUGGAGGUUCUUAAUGUCACUCACACUAUCCCCGGGGUGACUAAGGUCAAUGGUCGUGACCCAAAGACGGCAGCCUGGCGUUUCCGUUCCAGCAGGCCUCAUCUCAAACUACCCCAGACAUUUUUGGACUACCUCUUCAACACCUCACUGGGCGUCCUGGGUUUGCACCUGGUGGGCAGUCAGCGCAGAGGCUCGGAAGCUACCCUCAUCUCCUUCACCUCCUCUACCUUCCUGAAGAAUGGCGAUCGUCCCCUGCUGGAGCUCGUCUCCAACACUAAAGCAGACUGGCUUCAGCUAGAGUUCAGGUCAGUGGACGGCCUGCGGCCUGCGGUGCUAAAGGUACCCGGCGGGAGUCCCUUUACUGGCAGAGGUUGGGUGAGGAUGGCUCUGAGUGUGGAGCCCAGGCAGAUUGUGCUGUAUGUGGACUGCCAGAAUGCCGUGGUGCUCAAACUGAAAGAAGGGGAACAAAUCCUGACUCUGGACUUCCCACAUGAUCUGCAGGUUACCUUCUCCAGCACUGUAGAAAAAAAGUCCAGCAAGUUCAUGGGGGCUUGGCAGACGGCUGAACUCUCCACCAGGGCAUAUGAGAGGCGUCCAUGGUUCUGUGACAAUGUAACAGACUCCCUUCCAGACACAGUCAUUCGCACCAGUCCCACCGCAAACUAUAACCCAGAUGUGAUGCUAGAUCAGGGAGACCGUGGAGAUGGUAUAGUGUUAGCUACAAGAUACCCCAUUGAAUCAAACGAACGUCUUGGCCAACUGGAGAUGAGCCUGCAUAACAUUAUGACAAUGCUGGACAUGCUGAAGAGACAGAACACAGCCCUGCAGGCGAGAGUUGACCACCUGGAAACGUGUGAGUGUUCGAAACGGAAGUGUGUGUACGAGGGACGUGAGAUGGAUGAGGGGUCCCGCUGGGGUCUCCUGACAGAAACACAGUCUGUCACUGCACUCAAGGGAAUGUUCAGUGCGAACGCUUCAAUGGUGAGAUGUGAAUAUGAGGGUGAAAUCUAUGAGAACGGGAAGCAGUUUGUGUCGAGAUCAAACCCUUGCCUCAAGUGCAGCUGUUCUAACAGUCAGGUGACAUGUGACCCCACCCAGUGUCCGCCCCCUCCAAUUCCAACCCCAGAUAGGAUAUCUGAAGACUGCUCCUCCACAUGUGAUGUGCAGCGGUGUCCUCAGACGUGUCAGGAUGGUGUGAAGCUGUCGUCUGGCUCCUGCUGCACAGAUUGUUCCCGCUGUAACUUUGAGGGGCAGGUUAUUCUAGACGGCGUCUCUGUUCAACCCAUCCAUGACCCCUGCAAACGCUGUGUGUGCAAUAAUGGAAAUAUUAAUUGCGUUCAGAACCCACCUUGCCCACCGACUCCCUGUAAUAACCCAGUCACAAGACCAGGAGAAUGCUGUGCACGAUGUGAGGAGUGCACUCAUGAGGGUGAUGUAUACACAGACGGUCAAACCUUUGUGUCCAGACAGGAUCCAUGCUCAAGAUGUCAGUGCUCGGGUGGACAAGUGUCGUGUGAAUCUGCGAUAUCUUCAUGUCCGUCUGCGAGUUGCACACACCCAACAAAACCACAUGACCAGUGCUGUCCGACUUGUAACACUUGUGAAUUUGAAAGAAUGGUUUAUGUAAAUGGAGAAGAGUUCAGGCCUCCCGGUGGAGGUCCGUGCAUCCAGUGUUUAUGCCAGAAUGGUAAUGUGAGAUGUCAUCAGGAAAAAUGCCCACACUUGAGCUGUGCAGUUCCCACUCCUGCCCGUCCUAACACCUGCUGUCCCACGUGCAGAGGAUGUACGUGGAAUUCUUUUCAAUAUGAAGAAGGAGCCACGUGGACUGUUGUUGACCAAACAUGUUAUUGUCGGGAUGGACAGGUGACGUGUAUUGAACAACUCAAAGUGACCCCCGCACCCUGCCCAGAUCACAGAGGAUGUACGUGGAAUUCUUUUCAAUAUGAAGAAGGAGCCACGUGGACUGUUGCUGACCAAACAUGUUAUUGUCGGGAUGGACAGGUGACGUGUAUUGAACAACUCAAAGUGACCCCCGCACCCUGCCCAGAUCACAGAGGAUGUACGUGGAAUUCUUUUCAAUAUGAAGAAGGAGCCACGUGGACUGUUGCUGACCAAACAUGUUAUUGUCGGGAUGGACAGGUGACGUGUAUUGAACAUCUCAAAGUGACCCCCGCACCCUGCCCAGAUCACAGAGGAUGUACGUGGAAUUCUUUUCAAUAUGAAGAAGGAGCCACGUGGACUGUUGCUGACCAAACAUGUUAUUGUCGGGAUGGACAGGUGACGUGUAUUGAACAACUCAAAGUGACCCCCGCACCCUGCCCAGAUCACAGAGGUGACGAUUGCUGUGGUGACUCCUGUGGGCAGUGCCAGUACAAGCAGAACUCGUAUACAAACGGCCAAAGGUUUCAGGACCCGGAGGAUCCCUGUGUGACAUGCACCUGUCAGAACGGCUUUGUGCACUGCGAGACGAAGCAGUGUCCCCAACAGUGUGCUCAUCCGGUGAGCAUGAGGGACUGCUGUCCGGUGUGUGAUGGAUGUCUGUUUGAAGGGCAGAGGUACAGAGAGUCGCAGACGUUCUAUGCCUCCUCAGACCCCUGCAAGGGCUGCGUGUGUCAGAGCAGCUCUGUUACAUGCAGCCCGGUCACUUGUCCCCAGGUUUCCUGCCAAAACCCCAUCACCCUGCCGGGACAGUGCUGCCCUCAGUGCAGAGGAUGUUUUCAGCAAGGUCAGGAGUAUUUAGAAGGAGAUAGCUUGACCCUCCCCAAUGAGCCCUGCAUCAAAUGCACCUGUGUGGACGGUGAGGUGAACUGUGUGGGUCCAGACUGUCCUAAACUGACCUGCAUGAAUCAGGUCACAGAUCCCGGCUCCUGCUGUCCCCGCUGCAGAGGCUGUAUUUAUGAUGGCGUUGAGCAUCUUGAAGGCAGUAUCUGGUUUGCAUCCAGCAGUCCCUGCAUGUCCUGCAUGUGUGUGAAUGGAGUGACCACCUGCUCAGAGGUCCACUGUCUGUCCACCUGUCUAAACCAGAUCAGUGUGCCGGGCGAAUGCUGCCCAGUGUGUGCAGACUGUGUGUAUGAAGGCCGUGUGUACGGCCCUGGAGAGAGUUUCCACCCCUCUGAUGACCCCUGUCAGAUCUGCACCUGUGAGGUGAUGCCAGAUGGGAAACAGCACUUGCGCUGUUACAGGAAGCAGUGCCCAAGUCUGGUGGACUGUCCUAAACACAACAUCCUUUACAGUGGCUCUGACUCCUGCUGUCCUGUCUGUGCACAGCCCCUCAGUAACUGCACAGCUACACUGAUCGGUAAUGAAGUUUUGGCCACUGAUGAUCCAUGUUUUACCUGUCAGUGCAAGGAUUUGACGUGGACGUGUAUCCAUCGGGGCUGUCCUCCUCUUAGCUGCCCUCCGGCUGAACAGCACACACCGCCGGAUUCCUGCUGUCCCAUCUGUGAUGAUUGUGUAUUACAGGGCAACCAAUAUCGCGUGUCAAACGGCCAGAGAUGGACGGACAGGGACAACGAGUGUGUCACCUGCAUCUGCAAUCAAGGGCAUAUCGAGUGUGAACUGCAGGAGUGUCCUCCUCUUGAUUGUCCGAAUGGAUGGAUCAAAGUGAAGAGUCCUGGGAAGUGCUGUCCUGAGUGCACAGGCAUCAUAACUGUGGUUUACUCCAAAGACGCUCAUGCAAAGUGUGUGUACGAUGGUCAGUGGUACAACCACAAUGACCACUGGCAGGUGGACGAGUGUACGUCCUGCACCUGUGUGUACGGAGACGUGCACUGCCAGACCCAGAGAUGCCCAACGCUCACGUGUGCCUCGGAUGAAACGCCGGCUCUGGUUCCGGGAAUGUGUUGUCCUCACUGUAUUCCUCGACCGGCCACAUGCAUUGUGUUUGGAGACCCUCACUACCGAACGUUUGAUGGAAAGAUGGUGAACUUCCAGGGGAAGUGCACAUAUGUUCUGGCUCAGGACUGUUUGGGCGGAGACUUCAGUGUUCAUGUGUCUAAUGAAGACCGGGGACGUAAGGGAGUGUCUUGGACUAAAGAAGUGACCGUGUUUAUUGGCGAUAUUGUGGUACAGCUGUUCCAGGACUGGAUUGUCAAGGUUGAUUAUCAGCAAGUCCCUCUGCCGUUUCUUAAAGAACCGUAUGUUUACCUGGAACGCAAGACCAACACCAUCCUCCUGAACACCAAUGUUGGGCUGAAGGUGUUGUGGAAUGGUCGUUCUCAUCUGGAAGUCAGUGUUCCUGGCACCUACAAGAACCACAUGUGUGGUUUAUGCGGCAACUUCAAUAACUACCCUCAUGACGACAUGAAACUCCGUAAUAAACAAAUCACCAACUCUGAAGCAGUGUUUGGAAACGACUGGAAGGUGGGCAGUGAAAAUCCAAGUGUUCAGUGUCCUGAUGCGAUAAACAUUCUCCCGUGUCAAGAAGCAGGAUACUCGGCCCGCAAGACUGCGAACGCUCGCUGCGCAGUGCUGAAGUCGCCCGUUUUUGAGCACUGUCACAAGCUGGUGCCACCCGAGAUGUUCUUUGCUUCGUGUGUGUAUGAUCUGUGUGCCUGCGGCUCCAAUAUAGACGAGUGUUUGUGUGACGUGUUGGAGGCUUACGCAUCUGAGUGCCGUGAGGCUGGAGUUAUCCUGCAGUGGAGGUCGCCGACACUCUGCGCUGUGGGCUGUCCGCUUGACCGCGGAUAUGUGUUUGAUGAAUGCGGGCCACCGUGUCCUAAGACAUGUUUUAACAAAGACGUGCCGCUUGGUGUGAUCGAGUCUCACUGCUUCAAACCCUGUGUGCCGGGAUGCCAGUGUCCAGCUGGCCUGGUGGAACACAACGCUCACUGCAUCGCCCCCGAGAAAUGCCCGAAAAUUAUCCACGGCAAUCUCCAGAGCCACAAACUCUACCAAACAUCACGUGGAGUCACACCAGCUUAAAACUGAGAUCUGAUGAACCGCAACAAGCUCUUUAAGUCAACAUGAAAUCAGAAUUUGCUUUAUUUCAUUUAAUUCAUAUUCCUGGUCUCACACUAGUAAGAUUUAUUCUGAAUUUGUUGCUCACAAAUCUGACUGUUGAUGCUUGAACUUAAAGCACAUUUAAGUUUUACUUUAUAACUCAAACCACAUAAACACUCUUCUACUGCAUUUAAUUGUUUUGUUGAAUUGUUUUAUUGGUGCUACUGUGUGUAAGUGUUUCUGACUGAUUAUAGGACACUGUGUUAA